CUCAGAUCUGACGGUUCUAAGUGUCCCAUGUUAUGCUAAUUUAGAAACUGAAAGUUAUUGUAUUUUUUACUUAAAAAAAAGAGACUCCCUUACAAGAGAAACAUACAAAGAAAGACAAGAGGGAGUGUCAGUGUGUGUGCAAGAGCCAGCCAGAGAAAGAAAGAACUAGUAGCGGUUCAAGGCUUAUCUUGCUAUCUCCACAAAGUUUCUGUGCUUUGAACCUAGUGAAGAGAACAAAUGGGAGAGGAGGGAAAGAAACCAGCGGCAGCAGCGGAGGAGAAGAAAAUGGAGGAGAAAAAACCAGCGGAAGAGAAGAAGGAAAAGAAAACAGAGGAGAAGGCAGAGAAACCCGCAGAGGAGAAGAAAGAAGAGAAAAAAGCAGAGGAAUCCAAAGACGAAAAGUCUCCUCCACCGCCACCGCCUCCGCCUCAACCAAUCGUGCUGAAAGUCUACAUGCAUUGCGAAGGAUGCGCUCGCAAGGUCCGCCGGAGCCUCAAAGGAUUCGAAGGUGUUGAAGAUGUAACGACUGAUUGCAAGACCUACAAGGUUAUUGUGAAGGGAGAGAAGGCGGAUCCAUUGAAGGUGUUGGAGAGAGUGCAGAGGAAAAGCCACAGGCCCGUUGAGCUUCUCUCGCCCAUCCCAAAGCCUCCCACAGAGGAAGAAAAAAAGGCCGAAGAAGAGGAAAAGCCCAAGCCUGAAGAGAAGAAAGAAGAGCCUCAAGUGAUCACAGUUGUGCUAAAAGUGUACAUGCAUUGCGAAGCUUGUGCAUUGGAAAUCAAGAAACGAAUACAGAGAAUGAAUGGAGUGGAAUUGGCGGAGCCGGAUCUAAAGAGCUCACAAGUGACAGUGAAAGGAGUGUUCGAGCCACAGACGCUGGUUGAAUACGUGUACAAAAGAACCGGCAAGCACGCUUCGAUAGUGAAGACAGAGCCAGCAGAAAAUAAAGAGGGAGAGAAAGGGAAAGAAUCCAAAGAAGAGAAAAAGGCGGACGAGGCUGUAAAGGAAAAGAAGGAAGGCGGUGAAGGGGAGGGAAAAGCGGAAGCGGAGGCGGCUGCGGUGGAGGAGACGAUCGCGGAAGAGACUAAGGUGGUGGAGAUGAAGGGAAAUCCGUACUACUACUAUCCACCAAAUCCUAUGGAAUUGCACGCAUACCCUCCUCAGAUGUUCAGCGACGAGAACCCAAAUGCUUGUUCUGUAAUGUAGAAAAGUGUGAGAAAAUAGGGUUGGUGAACCAUGUGCCCCUGCUUGGUUGUUUUUUAUUUUUUUUUUCAAGUCUAAUCUACAGAUAAAAACUUAUAUAUGUAUAAACCUUGUCUCACAUUCGUCUAAUAAUUUUUCUACAAAUCA